CUCGGUCUCUCGACCCCACGAUCCUAGCAGCUCUACCACGCACGACGACUCUACAUCGCUAUGGCUCGCGUGCAGAUGAGCGCCAUCCUCCCCGACUUUGCCGGAUUCACCCUCUCGCAAGGGUGCUUCCACCUCCGGCUACUCCAGCGACUCGGUAACGGCGCGUAUGGCGUCGUCUACCUCGCCCAAGACCUCGCGCCCCGCCCCCAUGGCGCGGAGUAUUACGCCGUGAAGUGCGUCCUCAAGCACGAACGCGGCUCCGCACUCGCCCGCCAGCAGCAGCGCGAGAUCGCCCACCACCGCGCAAUGUCGGAGCACCCGAACGUUGUCACGCUGCAUGCUGUCGUCGAGGAGGAAUUUUACACCUUCCUUGUGCUCGACCUGUGCGACGGCGGCGACCUGUUCAACGCCAUCAUGGACCGUCGGACGUUCGCGAACAACACCGAGGCCGUCCGGCGCAUGUUCCUCCAGGUCAUUGACGCCGUUGAGGCCUGCCACGCCUCGGGCAUCUACCACCGCGACCUGAAGCCAGAGAACAUUCUCUGCGACAAAGACGAUAAGAACGUGUACUUGGCGGACUUCGGUCUGUCCACCAGGACACGCUUCAGCGCGAACUUCGGUUGCGGCAGCUCCUUCUACAUGAGCCCAGAAUGCCUGGGCAUCUUCCACAAGAAGCGGCCGUACGCCACGGCCCCUUCGGACGUCUGGGCACUUGGCACCAUCCUCUGCAACGUCGUCACGGGCCGCAACCCGUGGCACGUCGCCUCGCCCAAGACCGACGCGGGCUUCCGCCUCUUCCUGCGCGAGGGUGCGCCGUGGCUGCAGAAGUCGCUCGACAUCUCCGUCGCGGCGAGCGAGCUCUUCGCGCGCAUCUUCACCGUCGACCCCGCGCUGCGCAUCACCAUCCCCGAGCUGCGCAAGGCCGUUCUCGCGAUCGACUCCUUCUUUCCCGGGGGCGCGCCCUCUUCAAGCACGCUCCAGGUCAUCGAAGAGGAGACCGCCGCUGAGGUCGCCGAGCUCCAGUCUCCCCGCAUUCCGGAGGAGGCGGACAUCACGGAGCAGGUCCGGCCUGAGGCUCCGCUCGGCCACCGGAACGAGAGCUGGGAGCUGCGCCCGCUCGCGCUCUGUGCGACGAUCUCGACCGACUUCAUGACGAUGCCCACCGAGAAGAUCGCGGCGGCGGCGACUGCGACGUGUGUCGGGACGGAGAGCACGUUCGUCAACGGCGGCGCUGAGUCAUACGAGGCGUUCGCAUCCACCGACAGCCUCGACGAUGUGUGGUCCAUCUCUGGUCCCCCUCCAGUCGCUGCUUCGCCCGAGCAGUCCUUCGGCACCGACAGCGGGAGCGAAAGCGAUGUACCCAUUACCCCGGACACGUUCGCCGCCAACCCCGACGUUGCAGUGCCCGAUCUCGCGCUCGACGGGCCCGUCCCCUCAGAGUGCGACAUCACAAUGGCCUGUACACGUCUGACGGAGCUCAAAAUGGAGAAGAAGAGCACAAAUCCGGUCGUGAGAUUGUUCACUGGCGUCAGGAUGAGAAUGAGGGCUUAGACAGUGGACAGUACCGACCUGGGUGCUGGACACUGUCGGUCCAUGGACUUGUAACGAUACCCACUACUGUACAACGCCAUUAUAUUGUGUACGAAUACCUGUAGCAAAUAGAACAACAAACCAUUCAA